AGACAACCACCUCUGCGCUUCUACUCUGCAGCCCCUAUUCAUACAUUUUUCUUCCUCUAUCCUCUUCAAGAUCAAUGUGACCAUUAUUGGCAUGAAAUGGCUCCUCUUUUCUCCAAGCGACUAAGUUGCUUCUAUUGCGGCAAGCGCUCUGCGCAGUCCGACGGAGACUCCGUCCGCAAAUGGCGCUGCAACCACUGCGAAGCCAUCAACUAUCUGGACGAGAAAGGUGAAAUCACGGAUCCCCCCGCCGCGGAAACAAACCCGACUGUAUACGGCCCAGGAGCAUCGAAUCAGACCUUCGAGACGACCGACUUUAAAGCAUCCGGAUUGUUCUGCGCACAAUGUAUUCGCAACCAGCACCUAUUCACGAGCGCGCUCGCCUCUUACUUCCCAUCCACCGAUGAUCCGAACUACACUGCAUACGAAAGAGAAUACCCACAGUUUCGCCGGAGUAUGGAGGAGCGAUAUCCCCAGGUUUGCGCGAAGUGCGAGCCGCUUGUGAGAGAUCGCAUCAGACAGGCAGGUUACGAGGCGAAAUCGGAUCAUUUGAGGCGCAUGAUGGAUAGAAGCAAGGCCGGAAGGGCAGCAAGGCAGGCACGCAACCGGAAUUGGAGGAGUGUACUCGUUUUUGUGGGAGCUAUUGGUUACUGGGGCAGCGUCGCUGGACAACUUGGUUGGGAUAUGUUGGAGUCUUGGAAGAUUGGUGGUACACUGUCUCAGGAUACAGACGAACCUUUGUCGCCGUCUCUGGCGUCAUGCGUUCAACAAACGAUGCAGGAGUGGCGUCCUCCAAGCCAGUGUUCAGUCGAUUUGUCACCAUAUGCCGGCCUGGCUCUUAUCGCGGGUAUCCUUUCCAUCUGGUGGAAUCCAAAAUUGCGAUUAAAGAUUGAAGGAAGGGGCGGUCGGUUCGUUGGAUUAGGGGAAUAUUACCAGGUCCAGCUCAUAGUCAUGGUGGCAAGAUGCGCCUUCUGGGCUGUCCUCAAGGAUCCUACGUCCAGUGGUCUUGAUCCGGCUCUGCCACCAGCAUUUCAUUUGUUCAUGAUCUUCUUCACGGUCUUGUCCGUUGCGAUUUCUCGACGCGUCGUUCAAUAUGACACUCGUCCCUUGGUGACAUGGAAUGAAGUCACACCUACAGCGACGCCCGAUCGGAAACCAGAAUCAACCCCCGUACAGUCAACUGGCAAUAUAUUGGCACCCAACCUUUCCAAUACGAACCUCCGACAGACUCCCCAGCGUUUUCCACUUGAAAAGCUAGCCAUUCCUCGUCUCUCUCCGGAGAAGGAAUCCGCCAUCCCCACUCCUCCCCCAGAGGUGGAUGAUAUGGAUUGGACUCCCUCUGGCCCAACUGUCCAGCACGAAAUCCGACCAACAAUCAGUGUACAUGAAAGGGACAGAAAAUCGGUUCUUGAUGGACCAUUACCUUUCUAUGGAUCACUACCUGCCGCCCCAAAGCCUCCGGCAUGGAAUCUUCGCAGCCAACCUGUAAAGGUGAAGCCUAUCGAACAAGUUGUUGAGCGCAACCCAUUCCACCGCACCCCGACACAGCCUCCUCGCCCGUGGGAACGUAACCCAGGUCGCCCUGAUCCUGUUUUUGCGCCUCCGAAAUUUUUUCCAACGAGUGACCAUUCCUCAUCAACAGGACUUGAAAGUCUUUUCAAUCAAGCUUUCACCAUCAAAACACCGGAAGAUGAGGGUAAGGAAGACUGGCAGCAACAUCAGCAGCAACAUCAGCACCAGCACCAGCAGCAACGACAACAGGCGCCACAAAACAACGGUCGAAAACCCGUCGAUGUGCAAGGUUUUCUUGUUUUUCAAUGCCUUCGGCUAGGAUUGCUUUUAGCGUCUCUCCUUGCCUGGACCCUUUCGCAGAACGGUGUUCUCUCGGUGCCCGGAAACUAUGUCGAAGUCGCCUCCUUGGGAAGUGCAAGUCUACUCGCUGGAUUUGCUUUAUUGGACGUGCUCAAGCAGCCCAUCGUGUACUGGAAUGGUAUGGAAAUUCUUGUCUAUUUCGCAGAACUGGCGGCAGCUGUCCAUCUAGGAGGGAACCUUCCACGCGUUUCGUAUGAGAGGGAAUAUUUCGAUAGAUAUGGAAGACUCCUCUUGGUUUUCAUGGCUGCACAGGAAGCACUCGGUUUGCUAUCGCUUUAUCGCGCAAUUUUCGCGCAUGCAGCUCAUGCCCGGGAACAAACAACCAACCAGCAGAUGAAUCCGUCUAACCAAGACGCCUUCAAUAACCCGUCUAUAAGGUAUGAGAACUUGCCUGCUAGUUCAAUGUCGCAGCCACAGAAUUCUCUUUCGUCCGUACCUCCUCUUUCCUUUUCAUCAACCGCCGCCGGUUCCAGUUUCUCAACACAAUCACCCGAACAACACUACCAAUUACCACCACAAUCCACAUUUGGUGGCCAGCAGGGAUUCUUUAACAACAACAGCAGUAGCAGCAGCAGCAGCAGCAACAAUCAUAGUUUCACCCUGGGCAGUCUGAAGGAUAACGAGUCAGAAGUUGAUCCGUUCGAGCACGACUCAGACACCGAAACCACCAUGACAGCUACUACGAACGCUACGAAUGCUACCAUCCGCAACAUCCGAUACGGAGGAAGCGCGAGUAGCAAUGACUUUUACUCUCCGAGACGCGCUGAUGUCGGUUCCGGACUCGACGGCCUCAGUCUUGACGAUAAUAAGCCUGUGCGACGAAUCACUCGGAGCCAGACUAAGCAGCGGAUGGGAGGACUCGGAGGGGAUCCUUAUUCUCGAAGGUAUUCUACAAGACGCUAAGAUAAUACUUUCAGAUCUUUGGUUUUAUUUCAACAUGGUUUAUGUUCGUUUGUCAACCCUUUUUUUGGGAGGAGGGGGGGGGGGGGGGG